GUGCUGAGAGAACAAACAGUCUGCUGUGGGACUCUGCUGAGCACAUCUCUACCUCAUUGCACCAGUUGAGAAUAUCUGGGUCACAGACUGUUGGAGAUGGACUACACUGGGCUGCUGGUGCUGCUACUAGUGCUCAGCUUCACUGGUACUAUUUCUGAAGUUCUGCAAUGGACUGAAUUAGAGGAAGCAACGGCUUAUUUAAGGCAGUAUGGUUACCUGAGUGACCCUAUGGAUCCUCAAGACCCUAAUUAUUUGGAGGAGGUUGUUGAAGCUCUCAGGGUUUUCCAGAGAGUGAAUGAUCUGCCCCCCACUGGAGAAUUAGAUGAUGCUACCCUGGAGGUCAUGAGGCAGCCCCGCUGUGGCAUGGAAGACCCCUUUAACAAGAAACAGCACAGAUACAGAGUCAUGGGUCGCUGGAGAAAGAGGAAUCUGACGUAUCGCAUCCACAACUACACACCUGACAUGAAGAAGAUAGAUGUGAAGACAGCUAUCCGCUCUGCAUUUAAGUACUGGAGUGAUGUGACUCCCUUGAACUUCAGAGAGGUUGACUUUGGCAGAGCAGACAUAAGGAUCUCCUUCCAUGAUAAAGAUGGCUACUGCCCUGUGCCAUUUGAUGGACGUGGUCAUGUACUAGCACAUGCUGAGUCACCAGAGUCUGGUAUUGUCCAUUUUGAUGAGGCUGAGUUCUGGACUGAGGGGUCAUACUAUGGCACUAAUCUGCGUAUUGUAGCUGCCCAUGAAAUCGGACACGCCCUCGGUUUGGGUCACUCUCAGUUCAGAAGUGCUCUGAUGGCACCGGUCUACUCUGGGUACCGGGUCAACUUCAGACUGCACUCAGAUGACAUAAAAGGCAUCCAGGCCCUGUAUGGCAGACACAUCACAAGUACUUUGGCCAGUCCGACACCUGCAGACGGUACCUUUCCCACAGAGAGCACCCAUAAUACUGCGAACAUCCCUGACCCCUGCACUGCCACACUGGAUGCCAUUAUGCUAGGUCCAUGGAGGAAGACAUUUGCUUUCAGUGGUGACUAUGUGUGGACCAUCUCUGAUCUGGGACACAACACACCAAUAAAGAUUGACAGGCUGUGGAAGGAGCUCCCUGGAAACCUAAAUGCUGCCGUGUACUCUCAGAGAACAAACAAGACGUACUUCUUCAAAGGAGGGAAAGUGUGGAGGUACACAAGUUUCCUGCUGGACUACGGCUACCCCAAACAGGUGAAACGGAUCCCUGCUGGUAUUGAUGCAGCUUUGUACCUGGAGAAGAAUAAGAAACUGGUCUUUAUUAAGGGUUCAGAACACUGGCAAUUUGAUGAGCUGAAGUAUAACGACAUGGGUCUCUACCCCAAACCUUUGAGCAUGCUUUUCACCGGUGUCCCAUCAAGUCCAGAUGCUGUGUUCACUUGGACAAAUGGCAAGAUCUUCUUCUUUAAGGGAGAUAGUUACUGGCGUGUGAAUGAGAUGUUGAGAGUGGACAGAGGGUACCCACUGAGCAAGGGGGAGCGCUGGAUGAAAUGCUAGGAAUCUACCAGUAGAGGGCAGCAGAUACCAAGAGGCCUAAAGCAGGGUGCUGGUUCCACUCCAGGGGCACUGACAACCAUCAACCUCAACAUUACCAAUUAACCAUCAGUUACCGUCACAGAAUCUACUGUGAGAAUCAUUUGUUUUCACUGGAUUUGAUCAUAACAAAGCUACUUCUGUUCCUAGGAUAAUCUAAUUUUUGUGAGGCUUAGUUCAUGAACACAAAUGUGUGUUUUUGUGACUGCGAGAAUUAUGUAAGCUUUUGUAUGAUCUCAGAGAGAAAUCAAGGGAGGUCUUGUUUUUUUCUCUCAAACACAUGUGUUUGAUUAUGUGUCUUGAUACUUUCAGUAAGAUGUAAUAUGAUGGAGUUUUCAUUUUCUGUUCAGACUUUUGUAAACAAUCAAAUGACACUUAUGUAUGUUUUUGCCCUUAAUUGUUGCAAACUAAACAUGUUGGUUUUCUUAUAAAUCACACUGGUCUGUUAAAAUGUGUGAUGAAAGUCUCUGCUGGAAAUCUAACAUUUUUUUGCCAUUAAACAAGACAUAACGUCAGUUGUAAAAUUACA